AAAAACCUAAUUUAGUCGAGAGAGAAAAUAAAGAGAAAAAAACCGCCAAUUUUAUAUUUCUUUUCUUUUUCUUUUAGAUAAUUCGCCGAUAAACCCUAAACCCUUUCCGGUGCUCCGUCAGUGUUCAUCGAUGCUCAAUCUACCUCAUGUUCGUCAUCAGAACAAUUUCCCGCGAAAAAUCAAUUCCUCGUCCUCAUACAUCUUUCAACCCAUGUUCCUUCUACUCCAAACUCCGCGAACUCUACGCCUUUGAAUUCCCAUCUUCUGUUUCCCCAUCGCCGCCGGAGCCCAAACCGCGCUCAAACAAACCUCCGAAGCCGCGGUACAAACCGCCGUCGUCGCUCGAUCUAGGCGACAAGAAGCCAAGGCGUUCGAAUUUGCCGUUCGAUUUCCAGUACAGUUACACGGAGACUAGCCCCUCUGUGAGGCCUAUUGGGCUUCGAGAACCGAAGUAUUCGCCGUUUGGUCCUGGCCGACUUGAUCGGAAAUGGACUGGGGUGUGUGCCCCGGCGGUGGAUCCGAAGGCGACCUCUGUGGAAGGCAUGGAAGAUCCGAGACUGGAAGAAAAGAGGAGGGUCAUGAGGGAGAAUCUUCAAGGGGAGCCAUUGACAGGAGCCGAGAGAAAGGCCUUGGUGGAGAAGUGUCAAAAGAAUAAAACAAAGAGGCAGAUUAAUUUGGGAAGAGAUGGUUUGACUCACAACAUGUUAAAUGAUAUUCAUAAUCACUGGAAACAUGGUGAAGCAGUGAGGAUCAAAUGUCUAGGAGUUCCCACUGUAGAUAUGAAAAACGUGUGCACACAACUUGAGGACAAAACCUUUGGAAAGAUCAUUCAUAGGCAUGGUGGUUUGCUUGUUCUAUACAGAGGGAGGAACUAUAAUCCCAAGAAAAGGCCAUUCAUUCCCUUAAUGUUAUGGAGACCCCAUGAACCUAUAUAUCCCAGGCUGAUUAAAACUACAAUUGAUGGACUAAGCAUUGAUGAAACAAAAGAAAUGAGAAAGAAAGGACUAGCUGUUCCUGCUUUGACAAAACUUGCAAAGAAUGGUUACUAUGGUAGUUUAAUACCCAUGGUUCGAGAUGCUUUUCUCUCCUGCGAGUUGGUUCGAAUUGACUGUAAAGGCCUUGAGAGGAGUGAUUACAAGAAAAUUGGCUGCAAGCUUCGGGACCUCGUGCCUUGUAUCUUGGUGACGUUUGAUAAGGAGCAGAUUGUAGUUUGGAGGGGCAAGGAUUACCAGCCCUUAGACAUUGGUUAUCUUACGGUCAGAGAGACCUUUGAUGAUGUUGAUGGGAAUACAGGUUGUGUUGACGAUAAGGUCGUGAUGGAGAUGUGAACAUCGAUUACUGUGAUGCGGGCUUUCAUUCUGGUAAUAGUGACAGUGAAUAGUCCCUUGGUUGCUUCAUAUCACGUGCAAAUCGUUCUACCAAAAUAAUAUUAUGAUCCUUUUCGCCUGAAGGUUGACCCAUAUACCAUAUUCUUUGCCCAUAUCUUCUGUUUGCCUUAUUCUUGUGCUCUUCCUGAAUGGAGUGAAAAUCUUGUUCGGAGAUUCAACCAUCUAAUUUUUUGGUCAAAGGUACAUAUCUUAAUAGGUUAACUAUGUCGAAAUUGAGUUGAGUCGUAUCAUGUCACAUAUUAGCAUACCAUUUCUUUCCCGAUUAAGAUGUAUAAUGGAUGAUCAUCGAUUAUUAACGGUAGCGUUCAUUUGGAUUGGAUUCAAAAACAA